UGACAGCUCAAAAUCUUGCGCCUUGAAAUCCAGUGCCGCCGGAUGGACAAGCAGAAAAGCGACGCGAAAAGUGUGGAGAAAAUCAAAUCGAGCCUAAUCUCAAGCCGUGAGGAAGAUCUCGUGCGAGACGUAGAUCGACCUUUUCGGCAUCUGGGUUCUUACACCCGGCAAGACUGUGUGAAGAAUGCGGCAUACUACCUGCUAGAGUCUCAACGUGCCUCGCAGGAGCAGCUUCAAUUCUUCGAAACCUGGUUGAAGAUUGUCUUUGACGAGGCAGUUCAUGUCUCUCCAGAAGGAGGUGCUCAAUUGCGGGUGCCCACCGAUCUGGAAAGCUUUGAAGUCAGCAUCAAGGCUCCCAAAGAUUUGAUGUUGAGAUUGGCGAAUCGCUUUCUGGAGGCCUGCAAGGUGCCAGAUCUGCGGAUGAUGAGUCAACUAAGUCAGCUGGAAAGCGAGCUGCAAGAGCCGGAGAUCUCCUUGUGGUGUAGGAUCAAACGCAUGGGGAAGGCAGAGCAGGGUGUGGACGCUGGCUUCCACAUUGAGCAUGCGAUCGAGUGGCUUGUGGCAGAUAUCAUGGUUCCUAAGAGCGAGGAUCAAGCGGCGUUGCGGAACAAUGCGAUGUCGAAUCGAUUGGUUCCGCAUGCCUACGGAGCAUCCUUGUUUCCUAUCGAGCCUGAGUCCUCCUUGAGCUUUGAUAUGGAAACCGGAUCUUUGAAGUCAUCAAUCUUGUCUGCGCUUUUCAUCUUCAAAGCCUUGGGCUUCGCGAAACCCGAUGACCUGAGUCUUACGGCCAUCACACACGUGGACGCCAUGAAGUGUCACUUGGUGGCGUUUCUGGGCCCGCGGGGCCUCACGCGCAUGGCCUUGCGCUUUCAAGAGCCCAGCAGCGCCAAUUGCGCCAUGGACCUCACCUCUGCGUGCAACGCUUGCAACGUUCACCAGGAUGUGCAGGCCAUGAAGGACCACAUGGAGGCUGUUGAAUUUGAGUUGGACACUGGACCUUGCUUCGUUGAGUAUGCUGCCGAAAAGCGCGGCUAUACCGUGACCGUAGGAUAUGUGGUUUGAUCAGCCAGGCAAACCUGGUCCAAUGCGUGGUCUCACCCGGAUAGAGUUGGACAAAAUGAAAGAAAAAAACCGGG